AUGCCGCCACUACUGCUAGUGCCGGUGCUACUAAAAGCCGCCACUACUGCUUGCCAGCUACUCAGUGCCGCCACUACUGCUAGUGCCGCCACUACUGCAAAUGCCGUCUGUAGUGCCCCCCACUCUGCAAGUCCGGUGCUACUGCUAGCCCCAGACACAAGGAAGCCUCGACCAGCCAGACACAAGGAAGCCUCGACCAGCCAGACACAAGGAAGCCUCGACCAGCCAGACACAAGGAAGCCUCGACCAGCCAGACACAAGGAAGCCUCGACCAGCCAGACACAAAGGAAGCCUCGACCAGCCAGACACAAGGAAGCCUCGACCAGCCAGACACAAGGAAGCCUCGACCAGCCAGACACAAGGAGCCUCGACCAGCCAGACACAAAGGAAGCCUCGACCAGCCAGACACAAAGCCUCGACCAGCCAGACACAAAGGAAGCCUCGACCAGCCAGACACAAGGAAGCCUCGACCAGCCAGACACAAGGAAGCCUCGACCAGCCAGACACAAGGAAGCCUCGACCAGCCAGACACAAAGGAAGCCUCGACCAGCCAGACACAGGAAGCCUCGACCAGCCAGACACAAGGAAGCCUCGACCAGCCAGACACAAGGAAGCCUCGACCAGCCAGACACAAAGGAAGCCUCGACCAGCCAGACACAAAAGAAGCCUCGACCAGCCAGACACAAGGAAGCCUCGACCAGCCAGACACAAGGAAGCCUCGACCAGCCAGACACAAGGAAGCCUCGACCAGCCAGACACAAGGAAGCCUCGACCAGCCAGACACAAGGAAGCCUCGACCAGCCAGACACAAGGAAGCCUCGACCAGCCAGACACAGGAAGCCUCGACCAGCCAGACACAAGGAAGCCUCGACCAGCCAGACACAAGGAAGCCUCGACCAGCCAGACACAAGGAACUCGACCAGCCAGACACAAGGAAGCCUCGACCAGCCAGACACAAAGGCCUCGACCAGCCAGACACAAGGAAGCCUCGACCAGCCAGACACAAAGCCUCGACCAGCCAGACACAAGGCCUCGACCAGCCAGACACAAAGGAAGCCUCGACCAGCCAGACACAAGGAAGCCUCGACCAGCCAGACACAAGGAAGCCUCGACCAGCCAGACACAAAGGAAGCCUCGACCAGCCAGACACAAAGGAAGCCUCGACCAGCCAGACACAAAGGAAGCCUCGACCAGCCAGACACAAAGAAAGGAAGCCUCGACCAGCCAGACACAAGGAAGCCUCGACCAGCCAGACACAAGGAAGCCUCGACCAGCCAGACACAAGGAAGCCUCGACCAGCCAGACACAAAGGAAGCCUCGACCAGCCAGACACAAAGGAAGCCUCGACCAGCCAGACACAAGGAAGCCUCGACCAGCCAGACACAAGGAAGCCUCGACCAGCCAGACACAAGGAAGCCUCGACCAGCAGACACAAAGGAAGCCUCGACCAGCCAGACACACAAAGGAAGCCUCGACCAGCCAGACACAAGGAAGCCUCGACCAGCCAGACACAAGGAAGCCUCGACCAGCCAGACACAAGGAAGCCUCGACCAGCCAGACACAAGGAAGCCUCGACCAGCCAGACACAAAGGAAGCCUCGACCAGCCAGACACAAGGAAGCCUCGACCAGCCAGACGAAGCCUCGACCAGCCAGACACAAAGGAAGCCUCGACCAGCCAGACACAAGGAAGCCUCGACCAGCCAGACACAAGGAAGCCUCGACCAGCCAGACACAAGGAAGCCUCGACCAGCCAGACACAAGGAAGCCUCGACCAGCCAGACACAAGGAAGCCUCGACCAGCCAGACACAAGGAAGCCUCUGACCAGCCAGACACAAGGAAGCCUCGACCAGCCAGACACAAGGAAGCCUCGACCAGCCAGACACAAGGAAGCCUCGACCAGCCAGAGACACAAGGAAGCCUCGACCAGCCAGACACAAGGAAGCCCCGACCAGCCAGACACAAAGGAAGCCUCGACCAGCCAGACACAAGGAAGCCUCGACCAGCCAGAGACACAAGGAAGCCUCGACCAGCCAGACACAAGGAAGCCUCGACCAGCCAGACACAAGGAAGCCUCGACCAGCCAGACACAAGGAAGCUCGACCAGCCAGACACAAGGAAGCCCCUGACCAGCCAGACACAAGGAAGCCUCGACCAGCCAGAGACACAAGGAAGCCUCGACCAGCCAGACACAAGGAAGCCUCGACCAGCCAGACACAAGGAAGCCUCGACCAGCCAGACACAAGAAGCCUCGACCAGCCAGACACAAGGAAGCCUCGACCAGCCAGACACAAAAGGAAGCCUCGACCAGCCAGAGACACAGGAAGCCUCGACCAGCCAGACACAAGGAAGCCUCGACCAGCCAGACACAAGGAAGCCUCGACCAGCCAGACACAAGGAAGCCCUGACCAGCCAAAUUCAAGGAAGCCUCGACCUGCCACAUGUUAGUGAUAAUUUAAACACGCUGUCUCCUGAAAUAUUGGCAGCCUCGGAGUUCAAGGUUUGCCAUUCGUGA